UCUCUUCCUCUUCCUCAUUCCUCUUCCUCUCUCCAAAACCCUGCACCCUUCGCCAUUUCGUCAAGAAGAAAAAUCCGAUCGAAAUGCAGCCCCCGCAGACCCCCAUUACGCCGUGGGGGUCGAAGCCUCGCCGGGACAUGCCGCCGUCGCUGCUCAGCCCUUCCUUCUCCUGGAAGCCGUUCCAAGCCACCGGCGGUGACCAAGACGCCGACGCCGCCUCCGAGCACCCCUGCGUCACGCUGUUCGAGUGGUGGCUGGACAGAGUGGAAGGAGAUGACCAGAAGGUCGCCGUCGCGGGGAUAUUUGAAAGGAAUCAAACAGUCCUGGAAUUCGCUCCUGCAACCAUUGCAAAGCGCCACGAGGCUUGCGUUCUUGAAACUGAAGAUGGAAUUGUACUUCUCAUCUAUGGCUCACUCAACCUUUCGCGGAUGCGUGCCAAUGGAUAUUCAAGUGAGGUCUGUGAAAAGUUCAUGCUCGGAUUUCCAUACUGGUGGCGAAAUUGCAACCAGCUUUAUCCCAAGGCGGCACAAACAGGAUUGGAUGCGAAACAAUUUUACUUGGAGAAAUUUCAGCAGGGGCAACAAUUUCAUUCAUAUGGAUCAUCUUUGCUCAGCGAACUUCGUAACAGUGUUAAAAAUUCCUCACACAAUGAUGCUGGCUUCCAAAAAUCUUCGCAUUUGCCAAAUGGGGCACCAAGAUUUGAGGAAUACAAUACUGAUGGUGAUAUUGCUAUAAAUGAAAAUGCUGCUGCCUCAAAUGAUGGCGGAAAAAGACAUGAAGCUGCACGUAAUGAGGCGUAUAAUGUGGAAGCGGACUUGAUUGCAUGCAGAGCUUUAAGAGAAAGAGAUGAUGGUGACAUAGAUACUAAUGCAUCUUUAGUGCUUAUAGUGGAGUGUGCUAAUGAUGCUAGCAAUGAAGAGGCAGACAAUGCUACACCCACAAAUACAUGCGAUCAGGGAAAAGCUCAGCAUGUUGCACUGAGUAAGAAGGCAGAAGUAAAUGAAAAUGUGCCAACUUUGGAUUGUUUAGACGUGCAAAACUCCUCCGAUCUUCCAAAUGGAACACCAAGAUUUCAGGAAUACACUUGUGAUGGUGAUAUUGCAACAAAUGAAAAUGCUGCUGCCUCAAAUGAUGAUGGAGAAAAAGAUGAAGAUGUAUAUAAUGAGGUGAAUAAUGUGGAAAUAAACUUGACUGCCAGCAGAACUUUAAGUGAAAGAGAUGAUGGUGAUGUUGACAUUAAUGCAUCUUUAGUGCUUGAAUGGGAGUGUGCUAAUGAUGCUAGUAAUGAAGAGGCAGACAAUCUUCCAUCCACAAGAAAAAAGAGAGAUCCAGUGGUUCCAUUGAGUAAGAAGGCAGCAGUAGAUGAAGAAAUUCUAACUUCAGUUUGUUUAGAUGUGCAAAACUCUUCUGAUCUGUCAAAUGGGACACCAAGAUUUGAGAAAAACACAUGCAUUGGUGAUAUUCCAACAAAGGAAGAUGCUGCUGCUUCGAAUGGUAACAGUGAAAGAUGUACAGCUGUGUCCGAGGAGGUGAAUAGCGUUGAAACAUGCUUGACUGUGGGCAGCACUAUAAAAGGAAGAGGUCAUGAUGACAUUGCUACUAAUGUUUCUUCAGCUCCUACAGUGGAAUGUACUAAUGAUGCAGUCAAUAAAGGGGUAGACAAUACUUCACUCUUAGGUUGUAAAAAAACUCCAGUGGCUUCUUUGAAGAGUCAAGGUUGCCAGGAAAAACGUCAACACGUACCUUCAAAUGGCAAGUUGAUUGAUCUGCGUCUUGGAAAGCAGCCUUCAGGCCCACCAAAGAAGCAAAGGUCUGCACUUGAGAAGUUGCAGGGUGCUACAAGAUCUCCAUUCACCAGCCCAGUUCCAUAUGCCCGUGAGUCUCCGCUUACUCGUGGUAGGGCCACAUCCUUGUCAAUGUCCACACCUGAAGCUCUCAAACUGAGAAAAACCAGAUCGGGUCGUGUAGUUGUACCCACUUUGGAUGCAGGAUGCCAAAGGAUUGUCUAUGACAUGGAUGGCAGGAUUACCGGUGUCAUCGGUCUGGAUUCACCCUCGCCCAAAGGGAGCAAGCUGAAAACGUAUGCUAGGAGGAAGAGAGAGGCUGAGCCGCCGAGCAAGCUGAAAACGUAUGCAAGGAAGAAGAGCAGGGCUCAGUGCAACCUUACCAAAUUGUUUAGAUCUGCUUUCAUGGGAAACAUUGUUAACACUGUUAAGAGGUUUUCAAGCAAUGAUGCUACUGCUAUUCCUGUCCAGAGGUGUUCCGACUUGUCAAUUGGGACAUCAAAAUUAGACAAAAGCACUUGCAUUGGUAAAGGUAUUUCAGUGACAGGGGAAACUGCAUCUGCUUCAAAGGGAGGCAGUAUUAAUGGUUGCAAGGAUUUCUGUGAGGUUGCAUCUGCUUCAACAAAAGGAUGUCUUGGUGAUAUUGAUUUGCUCACUCCACCUAUGGUUCAUACAAGGUCAUCUGGGAGUGAUGAGGGCAAUAAUGAGAGAGAAACUCCAAAUGGAACUGUCCACACUGAUGCAAGAGAACUUGGGUGUGUUGAUCAUUCUGAAAAAUCUGGUUUGAUUUACAGUCAGACUGCUGGUCAUAUGUUUCACAACUUGGAAGAUGAAAGUACUGAAACUCCCAGAAGCUUAAUGCUUGAUAUUUCUAAAGACUCUUUAUGUAAAGUAUCUCCUGAAGGAAACUCUUUUAGAAACCCUAAGCUAGCAGAUGCUGUGGAAAGUAGUCCGGCCGCAGAUGCACAUAAGGGCAAAGAGUUGAUACUUCACAGGGUUUCUCCUGCAGAUGGUUUGUUUGAUCACAAUGUUUGUGAAGAAUUAGCUAAUGGGGCUCCUGAUUCAUGUUAUAAAAGCAGUGCUGAGGUUUUGGAUGGACAAAGCACUCAACACAAAUCACUAAAUUCUGAUGUGGUACCAAUUGAAGUAAUAGCAGCUUGUGCUAAUUUAGAUGUCAGUAACCCUAAGUCUUCAUUGAAGGGACGAGCAAAACGGAAAAGAAUUACUAAAGCAUCAAGUCAGAUGUCGGUACCAAAGGAAAAUACUGGAACUUUAAUUCCUUCAGAUCUGAUUUGUGUGGAAACUCCUACAAGCGCAUUGGUGGAGAGAAGUUCUGGAGAUAAAGUUAUGCAGGGAACUCCUAGAUCAAGAAUGACUAAAACUCUACUUUCAUAUGUGCAUCACCCUCCACUUACUCGCAGUAAGUCGAAGGCAUUGUCUAUUGCCACUCCUGAAUCUGUCAAAAUGAAACGAUCUAAGGUGCAUCACUCUCCACUUACUCGCAGUAAGUCGAAGUCAUUGUCUAUUGCCACUCCUGAAUCUAUCAAAAUUAAACGAUCCAGAUCAGGUCGGCUGGUAGUUCCACGACUGGAUCCAGGAUCCCAAAACAUUACCUAUGACCCGGAUGGCUGUAUUAGUGCGAUAACCAACUUGGAAGCGCCACUUCCUCAAGCAGGGAUCAGUUCGGAGCCUCCUUCUAAGAGGAGAAUGUCUAGGCGUUUAUCACCAGAUCUCAACAAAGUGCUCACAUUCUAGUGAUGUUUUGAUGAAAUGCUGCUGGUAGCUUCUUGUAAUUUGCAAGUAUGUGGUAACUAUGGAACUACCCCUGCUGCAGGUGGAUUGCGUCUAUGUCAUGCUGACUGGCUUCUCUCUGGGGUUAUUGCUCGCUGUACCUUGUUAUCUGUAAGGCUUAGGUGUCCAUUGACAUGAAUAUUUGUAGGGUUUCUAGUAUGCAGUAGCAGUUUUUUUUUUAAUUUCACUGUUUCUGAAGAAACCGGACCUCUCACUUUCAGUGCCUUACAAUGGCAAGGCGGUAUUUUGAUCAGCAUGCAAAGGUGGAAAUAUCAUGCUGUGCUUUUCUGGAUAUUGUUUGGUUGGAAUUUCAGUGCACAAAAGAAUUUGUGAUGUUGAUGGGUAUUUUUAAUCUAUGAGAUGUUUGAAUUUCAUCA